CGUCUACAAACCCUCCAUGCCACCACUCGCCUGUGAUAUUUGAAUCAAAUGCCAUAGACUUGCUAUUCUCUCCAUGGAGCUCUCACAUGCGGAAACACCGUCGGUGCAGGGCCUUCUCCAGUCCGGUGACCCGUUUGUCCCAUUUUCCGAGUUCUCGAUUGAGACCUCCCGGGACCUACUAGGCGGAGAUGCCUCUGACUGGGUCCAAAGCAGACUGAAAGAAGGCAAGCCCUUUGUAAUCCGUGGAUUCAGUCGUCUGGAGAGCUGGAAUAGGUCUGUUUUCAACAACGAGAGCUUGGCUGCAUUGUCGUCCUCGGAAGCAAUUCCAAUUCGAAACUGUGAAUCUACCCGAGAUGUUAGAAUGCGAUUGCGGGAUCUGUUGUCUCCGACAGGAUAUCGUACCAACAUCAAAGAAUCACUAUAUGCAAAGGACCUUCACUGUCCAUCUGAGUGGACCAGUGCAUUGGAGGCCGUCUUGCCGUCGCCUCUAAGGCAUCUAGGCUCGCUGGACUUGUUCCGAGUGCUGCCCAAAGAGAUUGCCCCGGAAGUGUUGAUGGCUUAUGUCGGCACUCGAAAGUCGUUCUCCGGAUUUCACAGAUGUUUCAGCGCAACAGUUGCCCUCAGUCUUCUAAUUGAGUCCGAAGGACAUGGGCCGGGAACGUUAUGCUUCGGUACGGACACGAGCUCCCGGGCUCAAUACGACGCAUUCAUGGAAGACCUCGGAAAGUCAUCCCACACCGACUGGGCCAAGGUGUCCAUUGAACAGCUAAAAUUAGCCAAUUUUCCCAUAUAUAUCACUAAUCAGGAACCUGGGGAUUUGGUGGUGUUUCCCUCGGCAACUUCCCACCAAAUAUGGAACAUCAGUCCUAUGGUCACGAAGGUAGUAUGGAACAUCAUGCACGCUUCCUCGCUCGAGUCUUUCUUCGACUACGUGCAACCAGCGUAUCAGAUGCAGUGUCAUACAGACACAGGACGAGUUCCUCUGAUCCCAUUUCAUGCCCUGAAUAGUGGACUUGAAGUGCCAGAGUCUCGACUUCUUCUGGACAUCUUUCGGCGGCUGGUCGAUGAUGAAGACAUGGGAAACAAUCCGAAUGUUUCUAUCAAACUUGUGGAUACACAAGGGGCCGUUGUGGAGUGUAACUUUUGCGGACUAACGAUCUGGAAUCGGCACCUCCAUUGUGAACAGUGUGGCGAUUUUGACCUUUGCCUGGCAUGCUUCGUUUCCGGCCGCAGCUGUAAGCAUACCGCUGACUAUGCUUGGGCGGAACUGGUUCCAAGUCAGCGCUGUCAAGAGAUCAUCAAGAAAUACCGAGAGACGUUGCAAUACUAUCCGCCGGAUUCGAGAAUACGGGAGUUCAGGGAAAAGCCGUUGGGUAUUCUCGCCCUCGCGGCGGCAGAUGCACGGAAACAACCAAUGGCGCGACUGUGUCACUUAUGUCGGGAUAAUCACCCUGUGUGGAAGGGGACUCCGUGCUCUCAGUGUGAUGCUUUUUUCUGCUUCCGCGGCCUUUACAGACAUUUUGAUGUUGAUCUUCUCUCGUUUCUCCGACAGGACAAGGCGUGGACUUGCCCCAAAUGCUUGCACGAAUGCAAUUGCCGAUGUUGCCGUUAUCCCCAUCGGUACCAGAGCAAAGACAAACCGGUCCGGACGCGGGUCAAACCCGUUGACCCUCGAGGUCGGAUUUAUGGUUUUGUGGACAAUGUUUUUGACCAAAGAAGAGGCAAAAAGGCAAGCUUACCCAUGCACAGUGCCUCCUCCCAGGGCUCCAUGACCCCUCGAGGGCAAAAACGGCCCCGAGAGUCUGGCGAGAACGAACAUGUCAAACCAAACCCCCAUAACGGCCAUGUAUACCUCCCUAGUAUAAGGCCUGAGGCUUUUGAUAUCACUCCACCUCGUGGGACACCAUCUUACCACCCCGGUCACAACGGAUCCCUUGGAUCCCUUGGGCCGAAGAUGCAGCUGCGCAUUAGCGACCUUGUCGAGGAUCGAAACUCGCCCAUCGAAGCUACCUCGACCCCUCGCAGCGGCAUAGUGCAUCAUCCGCCGCCUAAUGGGCCAUCCCGCGACGGCAGUGGAUCCCGGAAUGAUCACCGUCCCUCGGAAUUCCGCUCCGUGGAGAAUGGCGAAAGCAUUGCCGCACUCGAAAGGAAACGCGACAGUCUCCGGCAGUAUGCCAAUGACCUCAUCGAGCUAGAUCUGGUGGAUUCCCACGCAAAGGUCAUGGACGCGAUCUGUCAGUUGGACGGUGAAAUCGAAAAGCGGAGGCGCGCAAAGGCGGAACUAUUGUUCAGCAAUCUGCACCGAGAUUUCCCUGACCUGGCGGAGCUAGCGCGAGAGGAAGCGCGGCGACGGGGGAUCUAGUUGAGCAUCGAGUGUGUUGGAAUCCGU